GGUUCACAGCUCCUCACGAUCUUCAGGAUCUUCAGGAUCUUCAGGAUCUUCAGGAUCUUCAGCUCCGUCUGCAGCAGAUCAGAUGGAGCCUCGGGCAGAAAAAAACACUUGUGGGACCCUCUGCCUGAAGUACCUGCUCUUUCUCUUCAAUAUUCUCUUCUUGUUGGCUGGUGGAGCUGUUCUGGCCGUGGGCGUGUGGACUUUGGUGGAUAAGAGCGAUUACAUCAGUUUGCUCAGCUCCAGGUUCCUCUCAGUCUCUGCGUUCCUCCUCAUCGCCGCCGGCUCCAUCGUCAUCGUCACCGGUCUGAUCGGAUGCUGCGCCACCCUCCGAGAGAUUAAAAGUCUUCUGAUCGUGUACCUGGUGCUGUUAUUGUCCAUUUUUCUGCUGGAGCUCGUCGCUGGAAUCUUCGCCUUCAUCAACUACAACGAGUGUUUCCCUUUCUGCCACCAGCUGGACGAGGAUCUGCAGCAGAACCUGAGGCAGAACAUGCAGCAGAAAUAUCAGCAGCCUGGAGAGGAGAGCGUCACACAGGCCGUGGACCGACUGCAGCAGGAGAUGAAGUGCUGCGGCAGUAACAGUUCAGACGACUGGACUCACAGUUUGUGGAUCCAGGACACGACGAACCAGCGUCUGGUCCCCGACAGCUGCUGCAAAACUCCUGAAGAUCUGUGCGGACGCAGAGACCAUCCGUCCAACAUCUACAGAGUGGAGGGCGGGUGCAUACAGAAGCUGGAGAUGUUCAUCCUGAAGCAGCUUUAUGUUCUCGGGGCUUUGAGCGUCGGCAUCGCGUCUCUACAGCUGUUGGGGAUGAUGUUCACCUGCUGCUUAUACAAGAGCCUGAAAGACGACCCAUACUGACACUUUAACACACUUUAACA